AUGUCUAUUCAAGUUGUUCCUCAAACUACUAUCACCGUCGGCCUUGCCAAUGAUGCCGCGGAUCACAAGUCUAAAGCUUGCUUGAACGCUGUUUGCCAUAAGCCGGAGCCAUCCAAAGACGAAUUACCUCAGCACCUGGUCACUGCGAUGCAGGGAAUCUUUGGAAAGCAUCCUGGCUAUCGAACAACCCAUGCCAAAGGUCUUCUCGUAGAAGGAACUUUCACGCCAACUGAGGAAGCCAAGAACCUUUCCACGGCUGCUCACUUCAACAAUUCUUCUACCAAGGUUAUUGCUCGUUUUUCAGUCGGUGGCGGUUUGCCUCAUGUUGCCGAUGUAGCCGACGGUGCUACUCCCAAAGGUGUAGCCAUCCGCUUCCAGGUAGACGACACCACGCAUACUGAUCUGAUCGCCCACUCCUUUAAUGGGUUCGCGACACGAAAUGGGGAGGACUUCUUGACCUUCCUCAAGCUCUUUGGGAUGGAUGGGUAUACUGACGCUAUGCUCAAGAAGGCAAAGGCCGGAGGCGGAGACUUCUCCAAAGAACAGAAAGAAUAUGAUCAGGCUCACGCUGCCUUUUCGUCCUUCCUUGGAAACCCGGAUCACAAGUCAGCUUUGACUUUUGUCCAGUCUGAAAAGCCAAACCCCCACAACUACGGCACCAUCACAUACUAUGAGCCCAACACUCACGUACUUACCAACAAGGAUGGCAAAGUCACCAAUGUCAGAUAUCGUCUUGAUCCUGCUGAUGGAGAGCACCUGUAUCCCGCCAAGACUCCAGAGGAUAAGCAGAAGUUGGCGCAGCUUGGAAACGACUAUCUGGAAGACGAUCUCCGAGAGCGAUUUCCAAGUAAACCAAUCAUCAUCUCUAUUCAGGCACACAUUGCAGGUCCUGAUGAUGUCCUGGACGAUGCUACUAAGCCAUACCAGAGCAAGGAGUUUGUCACUGUUGGACGAUUAGAGAUCAACAAGGUCUCGGAUGACAACGCUGCGCAGCAGCAAAAGAUUUCCUUUCAUCCCAACCCAGAGAAGGGUGGUAUUGAAGGAAUCAAGUCUUCGAACGACCCGUUGAUCCAAGCGAGAAAGGGCGUUUAUUGGAUUAGUUCUGAUCAGCGACGACAUGAGACACAGUUGGAAUAA